GGCACUCCUCCCUAAGUAUACGUUGUUACCUUGCGGGGGGGGGAGAGUAAAAGUGGUGACGUAGGCGAAGAUUGCCAAACAAACUAUGGCGACGUCGACGGAAGAAAUCAGUGGGAAUAUUGAAAUGGCUGCUCCUUUAACUCCUUCCUCACACGUCCAGCUCGCUAAACAGUGGCUCUACCAACGAAAAACACAGAUGAAACCCUGGGCGGAAUUUUUCAAGAGCUCGCGCUUUAGCAAACCGAAGACAGUGGCCGAAGCGGGAAAAAGGGUUGUGAAGAACUUGGAAGACUACCAAAGCAACUACAUCUUGAUCACCAUCCUUUUGUUCUUUUACUGUGUCCUUACAUCCCCACUACUGCUCAUUGCAUUGUCAGUUGCUGGAGGUGGCUGCUUAUUCGUAUCAUACAAAAACCAAGGGAAAAAGAUUAGAGUGUUAGGUCGUGACCUAAGCAGAGUGGAGCAAUAUGGACUUGUUUUAUUGAUCAGUCUUCCACUGUUCAUUCUGGGUUCAGCAGGGUCAACGGUCUUUUGGGUCAUAGGUGCCUCAUUCUUUGUAAUUGGUCUCCAUGCUUCUCUCUUGAGUACAUCAGACACACCCGAAAUAACCGAACAAAUAACAAUGGAAGAAGUUUAAUUACAGAUAAACCAAAUGCAACGGGAAUUGAGGACAAGUGAAAAAACAAGGGACAAAGCAACGUAGGAUAAGGACUCGGCUUUGGAAAGUCAUCAAUAUUGAACAUAGUGUGGAAUGGAUAUUCUCCCUACAGUAUUCAAAUAACUGUUGGUUCCCAUUCGCAUUGUCUGUAUCAUCCUUUAAUAACUGUAAAAAAUUCAUUUCCUUCAAAAACUCUGCAAUAGCUUGUGUGGUUUUAACUUAUUUUUCUGGGAGUAUUUUGAUAAAGGUUAAAUAUGGCUCUGAUGUACAAAUAAUAGAUGGUUAAGUUGAAAAGCGAUGUAUAUUGCCGGUAUAUUUAAUGAGUGCUCUACUGCUGAGCACUUAAUAAUUGGGACCCCUUUCCUCCCUUGGAUUCCCAUUUUUUGACUCCUCUUGCCCUGUAGAAUUCCUGUGAGUCUUGUACCUGUGGCUUAGUGAAAAGAAUGACAUAAAUAAAAGAAUGACAUGUUA